AUGCUGGGUCCUGUCCGUCGAGGAAAUAUCCUCGGACGCACUAUACGACCAUACAUUGUCCGCUCACUCAGAAUCCAGACAGGUACUCAGCAGCCAAUAAUUUCAUCUCGGAUAGCUCAACAGCCUUCUGUCCUUGCUAUCAGAGCGUUCCAUCCGUAUCCGGCCCUCAGAUCUUCUCAAGCUGCCUCUGCUGUGAAGGAAUCUGAGGCUCCAACCGAAUACACGCAAUUUUCCGAAUUGGCCACCGAUGGGCUGGUUAGUGACAAUGUCAUCCGGGUACUUACCAAUAAGAUGAAUAUCACAACUAUGACAGAGGUGCAGAGGAUGACAAUAAAUGCUACAUUGAAUGGAUCCGAUGUCCUUGCCCAGGCAAAAACUGGAACUGGCAAAACACUUGCUUUCCUUAUUCCAGUUGUGCAGAAUAUUCUAAAAGAUCAGCAGCUAGCUCAACGGGCGAGGAACAACCGUUCACGAUCCAACGCCUCGGAUAUCCGAGCCCUUAUUAUUUCCCCAACCCGUGAGCUUGCCGAACAAAUUGCGGUAGAAGCAAAAAAACUUGUGUCGAACACCAGUGUUAUUGUCCAGACAGCUGUAGGUGGUACGAGGAAACGUGAAGGCCUAAUGCGGAUUCAACACGAAGGAUGUCAUAUCCUUGUGGGUACUCCAGGACGUCUUAUUGACAUAUUCUCCGACCCAACAAGUGGUGUUUCUGCCCCGAAAUUAAGUGCAUUGGUCCUUGACGAAGCCGAUCGUCUUCUUGAUAUCGGAUUUGCCCCGGAUAUUCAAGAGCUUCAAAGCUAUCUACCACGCCGUCAAGAUGUCGACCGACAAACUCUUAUGUUUUCUGCCACCGUCCCAAAAGAGGUUAUGGCUAUGGUGCGCCAGACGAUGAAACAGGAUUUUACUUUUGUCAAGACAGUUAAAGAAGAUGAAACACCAACGCAUUUAGCCGUUCCUCAAAAGCUAGUUUACCUCCGUGGAUUGGAGAAUCAGCUCCCAGCCAUUUUUGAGCUAGCGAAGCAAAACGUUGAAAAUCAUAAAAAUGAUCCUGCCAAUGUCAAACCCUUCAAAGCGAUCGUGUAUUUCAAUUCUACUGCUGAGGUCGGCCUGGCGAGACAAGCUUUUUCAGCAAUGAGAUAUGAUUUGUCUUCGGAUUCGGAUCAUCCCCUUCCUGAUGUUCAGUGCUACGAGAUGCAUUCCCGCUUGACUCAGGACCAGAGGACAAGAUUCUCAGGCCUAUUCCGCAAAGCGAGCUCUGCGAUCCUCUUCUCUUCCGACGUUACAGCCCGUGGAAUGGAUUUUCCUGAUGUCACGCAUGUGAUCCAGAUUGGCGUCCCACGAGAUAGAGAAACAUACAUCCACCGCCUCGGACGAACAGCUCGUGCUAAUAAAAAGGGAGAGGGGUGGAUUUUCACUCUACCGUUGGAGAGCGACAAUGUCCGCCGCCAACUCAGAGGCCUUCCAAUACGAUCCGAUAGUUCGAGCCUCCUUACUGCAUCAGCUGACAUGACCACAGAAGAUGGGCACCCGCCUCAUGUUUCCGAUAUAUUCUCCAAGGUCAAGGAUGGUUUCAAGACGGUUUCAAUCAAGCAAAAAUCUAACGCGUAUGCCGCAUACUUGGGCACCUUGGCCCAAUUAAGAGAUAAAUACGAGGUUGUCCAGUGCAUCAAUCAACUCGCUACACACGGUUGGGGUCUGAGGGACCCACCUGCGUUCUCCAGCGUGACCGCCGCCAGACUCGGUUACAGGAAUAUUCCAGGUCUAAAUGUUAGGAACUCUGUGGAAGAGGAUGACGCUCCUGGUUCCUCCAACUCCCGAGGGUCCUAUGGGUCUAUUAAUUCCUACGGUUCUCGCGAUUCUUAUCGUUCUCGUGGUUACUCCAGCAAUCCUGGCUUCUCUGGCGGCAAUCGUAACUCAUAUGGUGGUGGCCGUAACUCCAAUGGCGAUGGUCGCGGCUUCAAUGGCGGUGGUCGUGGCUACUUCAGUGGCGGCCGUAAUUCCAAUGGCGGUGGUCAUGGCUCCUUCAGUGGUGGCCGUAGCUUCAAUGGCGGUGGUCGUGGCUCUUUCGGUGGUGGCCGUAACUUCAAUGGCGGCGGUAGUGGCUCCUUCGGUGGCGGCCGGGACUCUAACCGGAGCUUUGGAGGGCGUGUUUCGAAUACCAGGCAGAAUCGCGGUAACCCCUUCGACUUCGAUUCUUGA